AUGGUUGUGUCACCCAUUCGGGUGACAUUUCGCUGUGAUGUCACCGACGCGGGUGACUUGCCUGAGGUUUGGAUUACCCAGUCCAAUAUGUACUCUGCUCACAUCUGCGUGUGUGCGACUGACAUGGAUAUCAUAUCGGGUACACCUGACUAUCUAAUCGAUCCCGCGCUUCGCGAUCUCGGCCAUCCCCGGGUCAAGACUUGUGUCACGAACACUUCACACGCUCAAUCUUCUGACCCAAACGACGACGACGGCGACAGCGCGCGACUGCCAACACACAAUGCGAGCGGCACUGCAGCAAAUGUGGGGGGUGGAAUUGGUGUUACAAGGGAUAUGAACGGCGGGAUUGUUGAGACUGCACCUGAGUAUCGCCAGAGACUCUUUAUCAAUUACAAACGCAAGAAGCCUUUACAUGAGUACUGCCAGCAACUGGGCCUGAAAGCGCCCAAGCAGGCGAAUCUCAAACGACUCCAUGACAUUCUUCUUUCCGUCCUCUCCCCAUCCUUCGACUACCAACAAGCAAAAGUCUCUGGUGCCUACCCCAAAAGUCUCUGGUGCCUACCCCAAAAGUCUCUGGUGCCUACCCACGAUAUGACUCAAAGUCGCGUCCUCGAAGCUGCCCUUACAAGCGGAACAAAAUCCCUCACCGUAUCAGCUCCAGCUGGAAGCCGUUUGCACCCGGCUCCUCUACCACAUCGAGGAGAGUUUCACGGUGGCAUCCCACUGAGCGUUUCCGUCCCAUUUACAUGUCCAUCAAGAUCAGAGGAGCAUUCAGCAACCCAGGAUUCGCAACUCGGUGAAGACGAGGAUGACAGUCCUGUUGUAUUUCGUGCAGGCGAGGAUCCGGAGAGCGAACGUGUCCUGCUCCGCGAGUUUUGUGCAGAUGCCGCUGCUGCCGCCGAGCUUUUAGGGCAGGAUGAGGGUGCGAGCGAUGAGGAGGACCAGGAAGGGGACAUGUCAGAGGAAGAGACGAAUGGUACAUACAAGGAGCAUGUUGUUGCUGUUCGCGUUGAAGCCAACAAGCGUUUCGAGGCCGGUCGAAGACAAGGCGGGAUUGCUGCUCAGAAGUCUUGCAUCAAAGCUGUGAACGAGUUUUCAGCAUGGGCUUUCAACGCCAACAAGAUCAAAGACAACAUUAUUGACGAGAACUUCCUUCUGCAAUUCAUCAAGUACCAUGCUGAGCGAGAAAAGCGUUCACGUCGAGGAGUUCCUUUACCUGACACCAGGCUUGGCGCAUCUCAACUCAAGAAGUUCUUCUUCGGUGCACUUCGAGUACGCAAAGAGCAAGAUGCCCGAGAUUCAAAGCUUGCUCGUAUAAGGCCUUCGACAACCGGAUUAGUCUGGGACACCAUCAAAGAGCGUAUGAGCGAUGCUAUCAAGAACUCAUAUAGCGGCAACCUAUCUGGCGAGGAUGCACCCGAUGUUGUUGCAAACACCAUUCUAGAGAAUGUCAGUGAUGCUGACCGAGAGAGGAUUGGGCAGGCUUUCCUUGCGCAUCGCCACCAACGCCUUGCAGUCUUUGGUCAUCUGGCCUGGACUGGACAGAGCGCAACCGGUAACCGGGGGGACGACAUUCGUUCCCUGGCACUGUGCGAGAUCCAGCCCUAUGAGAUGGCUCAUCCGACCCAAGUAAGACAGCAGAUAUAUUGUCUGCUUGGUCUUCAGAGCCAAGAGAAAGCGGGUAAGCGUGGCAUGAAGACAGCUGUCAAUCCCUCAUAUACAGUGUUUGUUGCGCAUCGAAAUCCAGCUAAAUGUCCACUUGGGGCCUUUGCAAUCUACUUCCAUUGGCUCUAUGACUCAAAAGCAUUAUUGGAUCUUGUGGAUAUCAAUUGGGAAAAGAACUCGAGCUGGCGGAAGAUCUUCCUCCUACAUGGCCCCUCCUCGCCAGACACACCUUUCAAUCAACAGAGCUUGUACAAGCUGUAUGCCAAGGCCUUUGAUGUCGCCAAUUUUGAAUCCCGCAUCAAGCAACAUCUUGCGCGACAUUUACUUGGGUAUGACCAGGCCAAGAUGAACGUUGAUGCAAAUGAGACCUCGAAGAUGGGAUGGUCAAGGGGCCAGACAUACAUAGAUGUGUAUGCGGCUGCCAUUCCCAAGAAUGUGGGCAGGGACUUUCCCUUGUGUAAGAAGAAUUUGAAAGGCGCCGAGAAUCACUGGGCAAUGAUUAUCAAAUUACGGCCAUAUCUUUUCCAAUGUGCAGGCGCUCUGUAUCAGAUCUGCCCAAAUUCUCAAAUAUUCAAUCUGCCUGCUUUCACAACAGAUGUCAGGAAUUGGAUGAAGACCGAAUACCCGCAACAGCUUUCUGCACUAAAAGCACAAUCGGGAGAUCCGACGGCACUUGCAUCUGUGCAGAAUGAUGCCAUCCGCAGCUCUCUCAGCCAUGUUUUCUCAUCAAAUUCGAGUAUUGUUGCCAGAUUGGAUCAACUGGAGGGCAAGAUUGAUCGUCGGACUGCCCAUUUCUCGCCGACAAAAGGGUUUUCUAUUUCGCAUUACCACCAUCAAUUGGAAGCAAGUGUGGCAGUCUCAGCUGCAACUGGCAUGUCAUCGCCAAUUAUCCUUCAUCGAGAUGCAAAUGACGAGGUCACGGGAACAUAUGAGCUUACUGACGACCACAGUGUUCGCGCAUUUGCAAGUCCACAGCCAGCAGAUGCCUCAUGCACACGACCGAUAACACAGGUCGAUUACGUGUUGCCACCAAUCGAGGCAUUCUUUGCACGCAACAACGCUCUGGGGUUUGCACCGCCAAUCAUUGGUCAAAAGGCGGCUACUUGGUCAGCAAUCUUUCUCGCCAUCAAGCAACCAGGAUACUGCUGGUCAGUAUGGGCUCCUGCGAAGACGCUCGACAAGUACAGCAGCGUUUCUGAGCUUUGGAGUGUUUUUGCAGACGGGGAACCCAGGUUGGACAGCCGCGGUCAGCAGACAGGUGUGAAACCGCCAUUGAGACUCGUGGAGGAGACAUUCGGAGAGAAGUGGCGUGCAGGGCCCGCAGUCGGCAGCAAGCCAGUACGACAGACUGCCCGCAAACGAUGGGAACGCUUCCGAGAAAUCCCAGACUGGAUCACAGCAGAGGUAGACAGACGGAACAUCUCUCCACUUGCUGUUGUCCAGGAACUGGAAGAGUUGCGCAAGAGGACGAAUGAGAAUGGAUUCACGAAGACGAUUGGAUUGUUUGCGCUAGCAGAAGAGGUGAAGGAGAUGCGGAUUGCAAGAGUCAAGCAGCUCCAAGCAGAAGAACCGACUCCAGGCUCAUUGGUGUGUUAUCGGCUCAUCUUUGCGACCUUUGUCUCUGCCACCUCCUUCAUCUCCGCUGCCUCCUUUGUCUCCGCCGCCCUCGACAUCCUCGCCGCUCAUGCCGUCCCUAUUGCCACAGCCAGCACCGCUAUCUUCGUCAUCGAGUACAAUGCCAAAUCCACCAACAACCCUCGAGCCAGCUUUCAAGCCAGUCGAGCUACCUGCCCAUCAGCAAGCCCCCAUCAAACGUAG